CUUAGCCUUUGGAUAAUUCCUUAUUUGCGUAUACAGAUUAUGUUAAAAGUAUUAAUAUAUUGAUAUUGAAGUCGUGAUGUGGGUUAUGACCUAAUUGCUGAAUGCAUGAGCAUUUAAGUAUUGGAUGUCAAGCAUCAAAGACUAAGGGCAAAGAAUUUAAUGUGUCUUUUGAGAAGCAUGGAAGAAGCCAAACUGCUGAAUACUAGCAAACAAAUGUGAUAGUGAAAGAUUUCUCUGGCGUUUUUCAAAGAGUAUAUUAAAAUGAACGAGGUAAAGUUACAUAAGUUCGUCCAGACGUUUAUUGCAACUUAGUUGUAAAACGUUUUGGCGACAGCAAUGCCAAAGAUAUUUUAUGACCAUGGCGCUUAUUCACAUCACAAUCUCGGGAAAAAUAUCGGAUAAAACAUACAAAGACCAUGAUUUAUAUAAAAAGCAGAAGAAACAAGAAAUUGUUAAUGCAAUCUGUGCCUUGUUGAAUAGCAAUGGCGGAAAAGUGGAAAUACGUGGUGAAGAAACGGAAGGAAACUUGCUCUCCACCACGAUACUCCACUCCUUGACUCGAAUGUUUGAACAGUCAUUAGUGUCUCGAUUUGGAGCUCAGAUAAACGAGUCUUUUAUAAAUUUCGAAUACAAACAUGAGAAAAUAAUAGCAAUAAGUGUCACUAAAGCUGACUUCCUUGUAACUUUUAAAUACAAUCUUUACUUCACGACUAAAACACAAGUUGAGAUCAUUGACAAUGUCCGGAACGCGUUAAAAAUUAUCAACGAAAGAUUUGUUGAUCAACCCGUCCAACUUGGCUCACACCAGAAAACAUUUCACAAAAAUCGAAACUGUUCCUUCAGAGAAAAUGAGAUCAUUCAAUUUAAGCUCGUGAAAUCAGAUUCAUCAAAGCGCGUCACACUCGCAGAUCGUAUGGCUGGUAAAAGUAACAAAUUCAGUUGUUACGUAUCAGCGUUCGCUAACCACAGGGGUGGUCACAUUUACUAUGGUAUUGAUGAUGAUGGCGUUGUUCAGGGAGAGAACACAGAAAACAUUUCCGAAAUUGAAAAGAAAGUUGAAAAAGCCAUCCAGAAGAUGAUAUGGCCUGACGUGAUUGGUCAACCAAAACGAGGAAAACACUGGGAAAUUUUCUUUGAACCAGUGCUGGAUGAGAAGUCCAACCUUAUCCCAUCAACGUUUGUGAUCGUGAUCUUUAUCGCUCCUUGUUGUGGUGGAGUGUUCACAGAGGAACCAGAAAGCUAUGAAAUGGUGCAGGGAAAAGUUGAAAGAAUGUCGUUCAAAACUUGGAAGGAGAAACUACAACCUGUUGGUCUGAACAAGAGAAAACAAGAAGUUCCUCCCACAGUUAAACGUAUUUCACUAAGUCCUGCGGCAACAAAACGCUGCAUUAAUAUUAAUGAAGUUUUAACCGAGGCCAUUAAUAAGGGAGAUUGGAAAUCUUUUGCGAGAUCAGCCGAUCAUUUAGAACAAAAAUAUUCUAAAAACCCUGAAGUAAAGUUAGUAGUGUAUUUGAGAAAAUUGAUGGGAACUUAUCGACAAGGCGGCGAUCCGUCUAGCUUGAUUACUGAAUACCGAGGACGUCUCUCGCGAGCGGGGGAACCUUUUGAAAGUUUUUUUCGUUUCUCGGAGAAUGUAGUGGCGCAUGUGUCUGGCAAAGCUGCAAUCGAAUCACAAGAUAUCUCAACGGACGCUUUAGCAAUCGCGGAAAUCAUGGAACACGGGUUUCUUACUGCUGCCGAUUUUUUAAUUGUGGCAUUAAUUUAUGAUGGUCAAAACGACAAAGGACCGUCGCCUGUGGAACUUUGUUUAAUGGCGCGGGAUCACCUGGAUUAUGUCGAAGGCGCUCAUGUGGCACGACCAGACAUGAUUCAUGCUGUUCACAUCAUAUUAGCAGCAUAUCAACUCGGAUAUAAUAUGCAAGGAAAGGUAAUCAAAAAGGUCAUCGAGAAAGAGAGCUUUGAAGAAGCCAAAAAAAGUAUAAUGGCAGUAAAUCAAGCAGUAUGUAACGGAAAUCCAUUACUGCCAUACAGAGAGAUCUGGUUCAAAUUGGUACAGUCAAUGCUUUUCAUAAGACAUGCGCAAUUCCAACCUGAUAAUCGAACUAAAUUCCUCAAAGAUGCAUUUCAGUUCGCAAAGAAAGCCAAGGAUCUCGCCAAAGAUUCUGGUCUCAAGGAAAUGGUUUGCUGGGCUCGGACCGCAAUUGCUUCUUGUACUGAGGCAUUAGUACUUGCGAAGUUGACGAGAAAAAAAAAUAUUAAGGUAUAUAAGGUUCUGCAUGUAAAUAUUGCAUAG